GCUCGAUCGCCCUGUUAAGAAGGCAGCCCGGGAGAUGGCGGAUAAUUGGUUACAGCUGGUCGGCUCCGAUCAACAACAGGUGCGGUCAGACUCAGCGCGGGAACACUCUCGGGAAUGCUCGUCACCGCUCGGAGGUAAACAACCCCGUUACGAGAGAGAGAGAGAGAGAAAAUGGGAGAGAAAGGAAGAGCGCAACAUGCACACAAUAACGCACGGGCAGGCAGCCAGGCAAGGGCUGUCGGACCAUGACACAACCUAUGUCUUGGAUUUUGUUUGCUUACCUGUUGUCCUGUAUCCUCAGCCGGAUCCAUCACCCGCUUACCUGUCAGCUGUUUUUGAAGCCACAUUUCCGGGAUCACUACGGAGAUCAAUCACAGCGUUUCUCCCACAUCCCGAGACUCCUCGCCCGAGCCUGUACAGCCAGUGUGACAAAUCCACCCUGCGUGCGCGGGUAACCCCUUUCCCUCCGAAUGCGUGUCAGCCUCCUGCCCUGGUUUCCCUCUGUUUAUUCAUCAGUAUUAUCUCAUCCCGUGUAAAUAAGUUUGACACAGUAAAUAAAGAGCACUCCCUGCAUUUUCUGCGCUUCUGUGUAUUCUGCCAUAGAGUCCGUUCACUCAGCAUAACAAUAGAGGUGUAGUUUAUGUCUGUGAACAGUGAACACCCGUGUGCACACCUGUGUGGAUCAGCC